AUGCCAAUCCCUGGAAAUCUAAAAUCUGGAGACACUCUCUUUUGCAUCAGUGAAUCAAUGGACACAAUGAAUCAGGGAACAGAGAAACGUAGGGAUACCAAUCUAAAAUUAUUAACGUGGACAAUGGGAAUUCUGGUUUGUUUGGUAACUGAUUUUUUGUGGAAAUUCGAAGGGGUGUAUAGGCGUUGAAACGUAUUUUGCGCAAACCGCUGACACUCAAACCGAAUUUACACAAUAAAUCAGGGAAAAGAGAAACGUAGGGAUACCACGCUAAUUCGGGUACUUUUCAAAUUGGAACCUUACGCUAACUUCUUAGUUUCUUCCUAUCUAUAAGAGAGAAGGUCCACAUUACUCCGAUCUAAAAUUAUCAGAGCGGACAAUGGGAAUCCUGGUUUCUUUGGGAAUUGUUUUUUUGUGGAAAUUCGACGGGGUGUAUAGGCGUUGAGACGUAUUUUGCGUAAACCGCUGACACUUCAACCGAAUUUACACAAUAAAUCAGGGAACAGAGAAACGUAGGAAUACCAAUCCAAAAUUAUUAACGUGGACAACGGGAAUCCUGGUUUCUUUGGGAAUUGAUUUUUUGUGGAAAUUCGACGGGGUGUAUAGGCGUUGAGACGUAUUUUGCGUAAACCGCUGACACUUCAACCGAAUUUACACAAUAAAUUAGGGAACAGAGAAACGUAGGGAUACCACGCUAAUUCGGGUACUUUUCAAAUUGGAACCAUAUGCUAACUUCUUAGUUUCUUCCUAUCUCGACAGGUGAUGGUAGCACGCUUUGGGAUCGCCAAGCAAACUCUGUUGACCAUGAUUCUAUUUUUUCCGUUUACUUUUUUCAAGAGAAGAAGGUCCACAUUACUCCGAUCUAAAAUUAUCAGAGCGGACAAUGGGAAUCCUGGUUUCUUUGGGAAUUGUUUUUUUGUGGAAAUUUGACGGGGUGUAUAGGCGUUGAGACGUAUUUUGCGUAAACCGCUGACACUUCAACCGAAUUUACACAAUAAAUCAGGGAACAGAGAAACGUAGGGAUACCACGCUAAUUCGGGUACUUUUCAAAUUGGAACCAUAUGCUAACUUCUUAGUUUCUUCCUAUCUCGACAGGUGAUGGUAGCACGCUUCGGGAUCGCCAAGCAAACUCUGUUGACCAUGAUUCUAUUUUUUCCGUUUACUUUUUUCAAGAGAAGAAGGUCCACAUUACUCUGAUCUAAAAUUAUCAGAGCGGACAAUGGGAAUCCUGGUUUCUUUGGGAAUUGAUUUUUUUGUGGAAAUUCGACGGGGUGUAUAGGCGUUGAGACGUAUUUUGCGUAAACCGCUGACACUUCAACCGAAUUUACACAAUAAAUUAGGAAACAGAGAAACGUAGGGAUACCAAUCCAAAAUUUAUUAACGUGGACAACGGGAAUCCUGGUUUGUUUGGGAACUGAUUUUUGGGAACUGAUUUUUUUCCAAAAUUAUUAACGUGGACAACGGGAAUCCUGGUUUGUUUGGGAACUGAUUUUUUGUGGAAAUUAGACGGGGUGUAUAGGCGUUGAAACGUAUUUUGCGUAAACCGCUGACACUCAAUACGAAUUUACACAAUAAAUCAGGGAACAGAGAAACGUAGGGAUACCACUCCAAUUUCGGUACUUUUCAAAUUGGAAACUCAUACUGGAGAUAUAAUAACCAUAAGAUACCCCUUUCACUGAGAUUCGUUCCAACGCAAAAACUUAUUCUAACUUUCCAGUCUCUUUUUAUUUCUACAGGUAAUGGUUUAGCACAUUUUAUUCCCAGGAUUUCUGACCUUUUUCCUUCAUUGCCUCUAGUCUUGUUGUUUUAGAGCGGCUUUUAUUCAGUCUUUCCAGGUCAAAGCGAGGAUGUGCAUAAUUGGAGCUAAAACUAUUAGGUAGAGAUUUGGAAUCCUGAAUCCUGACUGACCACAGACGGCUGCUUUUGGUGGAACUGUUGUAUCUUGGAGUUUUAUAGAUUGGCUGGUAUGAGUAUAUUACGUAAUGAAUUUAUUCUUUAGAUAGGUCUUUUACAAUAUAUGCUAUCGCGAUUUCUCUUAGCAACGGCUGGCUUUUUAUGAGAGGCAAUAUCUCAUCAAGUUGUUUUUUGGACUUCAACAACAUUCUAUGCCCAAAGACACUCUUUUUAACGGAGAAACAACUCCACCCAAUACAUUUCUUUGCAGCGACUUGCAAUUUUUGCCCCGUGGCGAUCCCAUAAUCCUGUGCGCAAAACAUGCGUCUCCUAUUACUGACGAAUUAUUCAUUUACAUCUGAUUUAUUAAUGGAGAAUUUUAAAUUUCUUUCUCAUAAUUAACAGCUUAUCAGAGGAAGAGAACCUAGAGCCCCAAUAAAGUGUCGUGCCUUACAGAGAAGCGGAAACCUGAAUUGUUGUUCUGUGAAAAAGGAAAUAAUGGAUUGUAAGAACAGAGCACUCAAUGUGGAACAGAUUGAAAUGCUGCUGGCAUUUAUCUCCUCUUUAAAACCAUAUCAGCAGAUGUACGAUCAAGAUUAA